UGCUUAAUAAGUAUGCCAAAGAGAAGAGAGUAUAGUAAACUUAAGGAAUACAAUAAACGGAGAAAAAAACAAGUCGAAAGAAGACAAAAAGAAGGAGGAGAUUUUGAAAGGAAGGUUGAGAUUGAGAAAGAGGGUGAAAUGCGGUGA